AUGGCGUCGCCACCCUCAUACACGGCCACAGCCGACCCCAGGAGGGACCGACUCCCACCAUACAAAGCGUCGCACGGCUUCGCCAACAGCCAAGAAGAACUCGCCGCGCUCAAGGAAUUCGCCGAGUCCAAGAUGUACGUCGAGCCCGGCUCGCAUGGCAUGUUGCCCGACCUGCGCGGCGGGGCUGGAGGGCUGCAGUCUCUGGCGUGGGGAGGGCCGAUGGGGUCCCGCAAUCCGUACUGGGAGGUCGGCUGGCCCGCGCCAGAGAGCAAGGAGGAGCGCAAGAGACGAAAAGAGCAGGAGAAGCAGAGGAAGAAGGAGGAGAAGGAGAGAGACAGGGACAAAGACGGCAGCGAGAGAAGAGGAAGUGUGGCCGAGAGACUGAUGAGGGUCAUCAGUCGGGGCAGCAGCAAAGAUGGAGACACCGUGAUUUCUUGA